GAAAUUCAAAAACGUUGAUAUUUGGCGCGCGGUAUGCAGAAGAACAGCUGCCUUCACACAGAGCUCGGCAUUUUCCAUUCACCCUGAAGCCAGUCAUGUAGAUGCAACACCGGGUAUAACCGAGAAACGCGUAGCCAACUUCGCGCGUUCUCUCCCCGCAAAAAGAAGAGCCCGUUUUCUCGUUAUCAGAGGUAAUUUCGUUGAAUAAAUUCCCAUAACUUGAUGAAUUCAGUAAUAAAUCAUCAAAGCUAUCAUUCUGAUUUGUUCGUGCUUCUUACCCCCGUGAGACUGAGAUAAUGUCGGAAUUGUUGGAUGGUGUAAUCCCCGAGACGCAAAGGAAGGAUGACGAGUGUCCUACGACAAAUGACCAUGAUAAGACGGAAAAUAAUUCUACGGUGAAUGAGAGUCAGGAUUUUCAUUUGAUCGCUGAAGACGAGACACAAGCCGAAUCUAUUGUCCAGGCCACCGGUGGAUCUAAGGGUGAUGUUAAUGUUGAGUCGAGUCAGCACGAGGCCAAUGCAAAAGCCCCACCAGAAGCGCGGGCUUCUGAUAAGGACAAAGCUGUUAUCGAACCCGAGAGCCCAUCUCGGCCUAUUGACAAUCAAAACCAGGAGGCUGAUGACAAUGACGAGGAUAUUAUUCAGUGCACUCCCGAGGAGAUAAUGACCCCCAGAAGAAGACAGUUGAACACUGGUGGACAGAAGAGAAAAGCUGAUGAAGAGGUGGACCAGGGUGGCAAGUUCCAAAGGACCUCUUCUAGGGAAGAUGCUCUCGCAUCAGUCAGGAAGAAACUUGAUGAGGAGUCUCAGCAAGCAGAGGUACCAGAGGCCUCCAUGACGGAUUCCCCACCGGUCCCAGGUGCUCCCCUCGAAGAAAAGCCUGUGGCCUCGACAAAACCGCAGGAGACCCUGAUUACUGAAGACACCUCAAAAACUCCGAUGGAAGUAGAUCCCACACCUGAGCCUCCCUCCUCCACACCCGAGAAACCCUCGGACCCGUCUCCCCUUGGUCCCACAGACCGCACACCUGAAAAAAUGGAGACAGAGUCCUCCACACAUGCCCCUAAGCCUGAUACAACCAAGAAAUCAAGAAUGAGCAUCGAAGUAAUCUACGACAAGGCCAGGGCGCCUCCCCCGAAGCCAAAGGAGCUCGUGGAGAUCGACGAGGACGGUGAGAAAAUAAUCCUGGAUGCCUCUCAAGAGGACUCCACCCCCAAGGAUCCAUCCUACGAGACUUGUGAGACUAAAUCGGCAACUGAUAGCUACAAAUCAGUUCCAAGUGUUAAGGAAUGCGACACCACUGACAAUCAGCUGCCCAAUGGAACUGAUAUUAAAGCUCAAGGUUCAGACACCACUCUGAGCAUUUCCGUGUCGACGAAUGAAUCCUCGGGGCCUCUGAAGACCCCUAGUAAACCUCCCGAGCUUCUCAACUUAGUCAGUGACAGCGAGGGAGACUCCUUUAUGAACGAGGAAAAACCAAAAGCGACGAUCAUUCCAGUGGAAAAGGAGCUCAACCUCGUUGUGAAAGUCAAGUGUCUUCUUCAAGUGAAUGAGUCUACGAAGGAAGUCUCGGGGAAGGAAUUCCUCUCAAUUGACUUUGAGCAUUGCCCAGAACUGCACGUAUCCAGAAGGAGAAACAGUGAUGUUUCUGCACUAGCUGAUGUAUCUGAUAAUAAAGAUCCAACAUCUCCAGGAUCUGUCACCAGCAAUCCCCAGCCAUAUACGUUGGGACCCUCGAGGCUCUCCCUCAUGUCCUCAGCAAGUACUUCGAGCUCCUCAUCGAGCGGGUCUGGAAAAACGCUGAAAGAUGCUAACCAGUUUUCUCUACCUCGAGGCAUUCCCAAGCACGCAAAGAAACCCCUGGAGAAUAUUGACGAGACCACAGAGAAGAUUAAGAAAGAGUGGAAGAACGUCUAUCUUCUCACCUCGGGAAUCUUGAAUUUUGUCAAUGCUGAGGUUCUCGCCUGUGAUCUCCUAAAUGGAACCACUGAGGAGACCCUGGGUAGACUGACAGCCUCAACUCCAGAGGCUGCUGUCGUCGCGACCCCCAAGAGCAGCAAAAAAGGUAGACUGCCGAAGCGUUCGCGUCAGAACUCGAGGUCCUCUAGGACAAAUGGCCUUGGAAAGAUGUCCCCAAGUGUUCUGUCGACUAUCGAGUCGAAGAGUGAUACAGAGGGAAACGAAUCCCUCAUCUCAGAAAUCUCCACUCCAUCCAGACAGAGUGGGAGAUCCCUCAGUAUCCUGAGAAAUCAGACACCUGUGUACGACCCCAGUGAUGCACUUGUGGGGAAGGAGUGCUUUGCUAAAUGGUCCGAUAACAAUUAUUAUCCUGGGAAAGUCAUCAGUAAAUCGAAGGGUAAGUUUAAAGUGAACUUUCUCGAUGGAAAAAACAAGAUGCUCAUCGAGGAGUUUGUCAUUCCCAUGUUGAGGACUCUGGGAGAAGGCCUGUCGGUUUAUGCAAUGACUCCUGAAGAAUAUGGCUCAUGUGGGAUUAUUGUUGCUGUGGAGAAAGUAAAGGACGAGGUUUUAUACACUGUGGAGACUGAUGAGGGGGAGAAGAUCAAGGUGCCCAUCAAGGAUAUCUUUCUCACUGCUGAUCAAGCACAAUUCCUUAGGGAGGUUGUAGAUAACGAUGUUAAGAGCCCUCCUAGCACUCCGUCGAUGGGGAAAGUCACCAUGGAUAAUAUCGUGGAGGGAUCCAGGAGGAAUAAGUCCAGUGUUCUGGGGACUCCCAAAUCCGGGAGAUCCAAGAGGAGCUCCAAGAGCACAGACAUUGAGGCAUCUGGCUCUGGAGUUCUCUUGAAGAAGAAGGAAGAAUCUGGGUCUGAUUCCUGUUUCUCUGGAGAUAAUACUGAUGUCGAGGGUGUCCAGCUGGAGCUCGUUGAGACCCCCAAUGACAUGGCCACCAAGGGACCUGCCAGCAGGGUCAAGGGCAAGGCCAAAGGCAGGAAGAAGGAGGAUCAGGAGAUCAUAGCUACAUUGGGACCUGUCCCUGAGGGGUCCAGUCUCUUCAAGGGACUCUCCUUCAUUCUUACUUGUGCUCCUCUUGAGUCUCUGGAUAGAUACAAAGUUGAGAAGGUCGAGUCUGCUAACUCGGAGACUGAGACCGAGAAUGAAGCCGAGUGGAGCAGAAUCCCAUUUGUUAGGGAGAGACUCACCGCUCAGAUCACGGGAUGUGGGGGAAAGGUUUAUGAGGAGUUUAAGGAUAUUCCUGUGGAGGAAUAUAAGAAUACUAAGUUGAUUACGAAUGUUCCCAAUAUUACCGCCAAGAGCCUCCUCUGUCUGUCUGUGGGGAUUCAUCCGGUCAAUCACAGAUGGGUCAUCAGGUGCUGUCAGGAGAAUAAACUGGUGAACGCAUCAGAGGAAACCUUACCAGCUGGAUGGAGUUUCGACAAAGAAGCAUACGUUGAUAUGUACCAGAGGCCCAAUGCUAAACCCCUAGGUCAUGCAGUGAUUGUUAUGCCAAAGAUUCCAUCCAACGAACGGUCUAUUAAAUUCUGGCAAAGGGUCAUUGUUAAUGCCGGAGGGGCUUUUCGUGCCAUUGAAAACCAGACUGAGACAUUCAUGGAAGGCACAGUAGUCCUUGCUAAUGGAAAAUGUCCUAAUUGGAUGAAGGAGAAGGCAGCAGGCUGGAAGAUUCCCCUGGUAACAACGACCUGGCUCGUCCAAUCUUUGAUCGAAGGAAAAAUGAUGCCAUACGGGGCUCACCCACUCUACCAGCACAACUAUCCGAAAAAAUAAAGGGAUUCAAUUCCAUUUUGAUACGAUUGCGAGAAGGAAUGAUUUCUUAACUAUCCAGAUUCAUUUAUUGUAUCGCAGAUGCAAUUGCAUCGGGUUUUUCUUUUUGUUUCUUUAUUGUUUCUCUUCUUUCUCAUGUACGACGUGUCCCUUUUUGUCGUCUACAGGCUUAUGUCGCAUUUAAUGUUGAAAUUCAUUUUUUUUUCACUUAUAACUGUUUCCAUGGGAAAUAGUUGAUGAGUUAUUUUACACUUAUGAUUUAUCUUGUGUUGUUGACAAAUGGCGAGUAUUUAUUAGUUACUCGCAGGCAGGGAAAAAAGUGGGGAAUGAGGUGAAUCGCCUUGAAUCACAGUGAAACAAAUACAAGACUAUUCGAAGGAUUCCACUGAACCAAAUUGAAACAUUUGAACUGAGACUCUUUACGGGAGCUUUGAUAGAAAUGUUAUCAAUCGUAAACGUAUAUGUAAUACUUGUAUCAACUUUUGUUUACCUAAGCCGUAGCGACUGUACAUUUUUUCUGGUGAUAAGAAGAAAAAGCGAUAAAAAUAUAUUGACAUAUUUUGGCAA